UAUUUUCAUUCAUCAUCACUUUUUCGUAGUGUAUGGUUGUGGUUUUAAGAGUUUUAAACACAUAUUAAAAUAUAAUAGUUUGAAAAUGUUCGACACAGAAAAAUUUAUUAUGUUGAUUGAAAGUAAUCCUUGCCUAUGGGAUAUUGCAAGCAAAGAUUACAUGGACAAAAAUGUAAAAAAUACCUGUUGGCGCAAUGUAGCAGAAUCCAUGUACACUGGAAACUGGUAUGAACUCUCGGACACCCAAAAAGACGAAAAUGUUAAAGAACUUCGAGAUAAGAAAUGGAAGAAUAUAAAAGAUAAUUAUAAAAAAAGUAUAAGCGAAGAAAAAAAUGUGAGAAGUGGAUCUGCAGCUCAGAAAAAAAAACCAUAUGCUUUUAUUGCAGCAUUGUCGUUUUUACAGAAUAGUUCAAAUAAAAGAAAGACAACCAGUAGUAUGCAAGAAGACGAAAUAGACGUAUGCAACGAUUCUUUAGCUAAUAAUAGUUGUGUUAACGAUAAUGCUACAGAAUGUGAGCCAUCAACUUCGUCAACUCUAAACCAACCAUCGGAAAAGUCGAAGCAAAACAAGAAAAAAAAAUCGAAUGAAAAUAAUGGUUCUUUUCAACAAGAAUUGCUUCAGUUUUUACAUAGAACAGAAAAUGCAGAUCCAGAUAAAAUUAUGCUCAAUUCUUUUUUACCAUACGUAAAAAAUUUAAAUAAUGCACAGAAAUUAGAUUUUCAAUUAUAUGUAUUGCAGUAUUUUAAGAAUCUCGAUUUGAAUAGUAAUAUUCAGGUUUCAUCUCAAACUAAUCAAACUAAUCCUAUAAUAACAAAUCCAUAUAAUCAUCUUGCUCAUUAUUAUACUUCUCCUGCAGUCACACAAUCUUUGUAUCCUUCACAAAGUGCUCCUACUGAUCCUAAUACACCACAAUUAACUUUUCCACAGACAAAGUAUGAUUAUUUAAAUUACCCUCAUAGUCAAAAUUAUUCUCCAAACGAUCAAGAUUAAAUUAUGUUUUAAUUAUAGUUUUAAGUACCUAUUACAGAAGUUCAACAUUUU